CAUGCAUCACGCAAAGGGAGUGGGAGCAAAAGCGAAUGUCUACCGAGAACGGCGAAAACAGAGUUGUGUACUUAUCACUUCGAGGAAUAGUUAUUUAUAGUGAAAACUGAAUGUCGCUUAAAUUGGCAAAUCGUACAUGAAUUGAGUGACUUUCCUCCGACUAUUAAUGCAUUGAAAUGUGGUGUUCGAAAAGAAGCACUGUUCUGUUUAGUGGUGGUAUUCAUUGGUGACGUAGAGUCUCCAUUAUACCUGCACCGAGUUCUGCCUGACCUUUCAAGGCCCCAAUUAAAAAACAUGAUAGAUAUUCUUCAGCAAAUGAUACAAAUCUUCAUCAAACAAAUACAUAGAUCUUUGCCCUCAGACUGACCUACACACAUCUUGUUUCGCGAGUCUUCCAAGAUCAGGGUUCAGACAUGCAGCACUAUAAGGGACCCGAUGUGGCAACUCUAAAUGAUUCAUCGUACCAUACACAUAGUAAUGGUCAUUCAGAGAAUUCCCCAAAUUCCAGUCGUAUGUCUGUGCAUAGCGAUGAACCAUUAGUGCGAACUCAAAAACAACAAACUACCCAACAAGUGACAACUGUUACGAAAGUGGUACGAGAAGUGCAGCAGAUCGGAGAGCAGUCCGGGGAGUAUAUACCUGUUCCACUUGGAUCUUACCCACAUAGCUCGCAUUAUUCAGACUAUAUAGAUCAACCACCACAUCAUAUGUAUUCUCAAUACCAUCAGCAUCCUCAUUACCAGGAUUUUGAGCAUUACCCCAAUCCCUAUGGUACAUACAUGGGGUAUCCAGCAAGUGCUGAGCGACCUCCGACUCCCCCUAGUCCGAGCGAGCACAGUGCAGAUCCUUCUCCUUUACCUAUGUCCGCACAGCCCAAUACAGCGUACUUGGGAUCUGGAUACGAUGAGCUUCCAGAACAUUACAGAGUAACACCAUCUCCUGGCGGACCGCCUAUAGGGUUAGAUCCUUAUCAGGAUGACCCGGGGGUGGUUUAUGGCUACGUUUCGCCUUCUCCCUACAGCACAGCUCCUUUGUCUCGGCCGUAUGUUGAUAGUUUAAACGGCCCCGUUACUGUUGCCCCCAGCAGUAUGAGGAUGUUUGAAGAAGACGUAGAUCUCCAGAAGCACAUGAGUAAGAUGUCGUUACAUGGCCAUAACGUAGGCGUACCUCAUGACAGGGUACAUAUUUCCUCCCCAGGGAGUGUUGUAGGCGAUGAAGAUGUACGAGGUAUGCGCUGGCGUGACCCCAACUUGCCAGAGGUUAUAGGGUUCCUAAAUAAUCCUAAUAAUGUGAUUAAAGCAAACGCGGCAGCUUAUUUACAACAUUUGUGUUAUAUGCAUGAUCCCAAUAAGCAAAAGACUAGGGCUCUAGGAGGCAUUCCUCCUCUAGUCAAUUUGUUAAGCCAUGACAGUAUAGAAGUAUUUCGAAAUGCGUGCGGGGCGUUGAGGAAUCUGUCCUUUGGGCGACAAAACGAUGAAAAUAAAAGAUCAAUAAAAAAUGCGGCGGGCAUUCCCGCACUGAUCAAUCUUCUGCGGAGAUCGAGUGAGGCCGAAAUUAAAGAACUUGUGACGGGGGUGAUCUGGAAUUUGUCCUCCUGCGAAGACCUGAAAAGAAACAUCAUUGACGAUGGUGUUCUAACUAUUGUAACAUUUAUAAUCAUUCCCCAUUCUGGCUGGGAUCCUCAAGGAAACCACGGCGAAACCUGCUGGUCUACAGUGUUUAGGAAUGCAUCUGGAGUAUUAAGGAACGUGAGUUCUGCAGGGGAAUACGCCAGAAAAAAAUUACGAGAAUGCGAGGGUUUAGUGGAUUCUUUGCUGUUCGUUGUCCGCUGUGCCAUAGAAAAGUCCAAUAUAGGCAACAAAAUAGUUGAAAAUUGUGUAUGUAUAUUGAGAAACCUGUCCUAUCGAUGUCAAGAAGUGGAGGAUCCAAACUAUGAUAAGAAUCCUUUGCCAACGCAAAGUAGAGUGGCAGCUAGUAAUUCUAAAGGUGAAAAUUUGGGAUGUUUUGGAGGCAGUAAAAAGAAAAAAGAAGGCAAUUCAUCUGAAAAUAAAGACACAAAUUUUUCGACAUCAAAUGCAACUGGUACAUCUAGUACAGCUUCUAGGGGCGAACCAUUUAAGGGCAUGGAGCUUCUUUGGCAGCCCGAUGUUGUGCAAUCCUACUUGGCCCUACUGCAAAGUUGCUCGAAUCCGGAAACUCUGGAAGCUGCAGCUGGAGCCCUUCAAAAUUUGGCGGCCUGCUAUUGGCAGCCUAGUAUAGAUAUUCGUGCCGCCGUCCGCAAAGAAAAAGGACUACCGAUUCUGGUUGAGUUACUUCGCAUGGAGGUAGAUCGGGUUGUUUGUGCAGUAGCGACUGCAUUGAGAAAUUUGGCUAUAGAUCAGCGUAAUAAAGAACUGAUCGGGAAAUAUGCUAUGCGAGAUUUGGUUCAGAAAUUACCGUCUGGUAGUCCACAACAUGAUCAAGGGACUUCGGACGAUACCAUUGCUGCUGUUUUGGCCACUCUAAACGAGGUGAUAAAGAAAAAUGCUGAAUUUUCCCGAUCUCUACUAGAAGCAGGAGGAGUAGAAAGACUGAUGACGAUAACAAGGCAACGACAAAAAUACACCCCUAGGGUACUUAAAUUUGCUGGGCAAGUGCUUUUCACAAUGUGGCAACAUCAAGAUCUACGAGAGGUGUACAAAAAGCAUGGUUGGAAGGAACAGGAUUUUGUUACAAAAACCGUGGCCGCUCGAAAUGCAGGUCCAAAUUCGCCAAACAACGCUAAUAGCACCCUCAAUAGGCCAAUGGCUUCGCAAAGUGGAACCAGAUAUGAAGAUAGAACGAUGAAGCGGUCGGCACCAGGCUCGCGAGGUCCUGUUUUUAGGGACGAUAUACCAAUGGCCGACAUGGCGUACCCUGAAAACGCACCAAUAAUGGGUCGGCCCUACCCUUCCGGUUCAAAUCCACCUCCACCGGAACCCCUGUAUGCCCAGGUGAACAUGGAGAAAAAACGGAAUCGGCAACCAAGUCUUGGUAGCACUAGUUUGAAUAAUUUAGGAGAUGUGCAACUGCAACAGUCAAGACAGGGCGAAGCUUCAGCUCUAAGUGUACCCCCUGGAAAGGAUUCCUGGGUCUAAAGUGACUGAACUUUCUUUUGCAAGUCUGAUCUAAAAGUAUUUUUUUGCUCUAUUUUUGUAAUAUGUACCCUAUGCAAUGUACUGUUUUUACUGCACAAUUUUAGAAGUAUUUUGGUUUUUAUUAUAUACAUGUAUGUAGUAGAUCCGAAUUGGUUUUUAUGAUAUUUCAAGUAAUUUAAAUGUGCAAUUUUAGGUUAAUUAAAUGCUCUUAUAAUGUCUUCAAAAAUUUAUCACAUUGAAUUUUCAACUCUUUGAAGCGAUUGAGUUGUCAAAUAAAUAGUUUUAGGUCAGGCGCUUCGUCUCAUAUGUCAAUAUUCGAUCCUAUGAUUCAUAUUAAGUAUAUAACUGUUCUUAAUUUUAUGGUUUACUGUGAUUAAGCUUCAAGUAAAAAUAAUUGUCUGUAAAUAUUAAUAGUCAGCAUAAAUUUUAGUUUUAAUGCAAA